UCAAUCCAUCUCCCCAAUCCGGUCUUCGUCCUCAACGCAAUUAUCGCUCCACUAUCUCUUGCAAAAGAGAAAAAAGAGAGAGAGAAAAAAAAAAAAAAGUUCUCCAACUUCUUCUCUUCGGCUCUGUAUUUCGAUUCAGCCAUUCUCAAACUCUACAGAUCUAAUCGUUCUUCUUUGUUUUCUGCAAUGGCGGUCACCUCUUCCCCUCGUGAGGAGUAUGUUUACAUGGCUAAGCUUGCCGAGCAAGCUGAGCGUUACGAGGAGAUGGUCGAGUUUAUGGAGAAGGUCUCCGCCGCUACAGACAACGAGGAACUCACCGUCGAGGAGCGGAACCUUCUCUCUGUUGCUUACAAGAAUGUUAUUGGAGCACGUAGAGCUUCCUGGAGGAUCAUUUCCUCUAUUGAACAGAAAGAGGAGAGCCGAGGAAACGAUGAUCAUGUUUCCAUCAUCCGUGAAUACAGAUCUAAGAUCGAGACUGAGCUCUCUAACAUUUGCGAUGGGAUCCUUAAGCUUCUUGACUCUCGUCUCAUUGCCUCCGCUGCGUCUGGUGACUCCAAGGUGUUUUAUCUUAAGAUGAAGGGCGAUUAUCAUAGAUACCUUGCUGAAUUCAAGACCGGAGCUGAGCGCAAGGAAGCUGCUGAAAGUACCCUCACUGCUUAUAAAUCUGCACAGGAUAUUGCAAAUGCUGAACUUGCUCCUACUCACCCCAUACGACUUGGGCUGGCUUUGAACUUCUCAGUGUUCUAUUAUGAGAUUCUGAAUUCACCUGAUCGUGCUUGCAGCCUUGCCAAACAGGCUUUCGAUGAAGCAAUUGCUGAGUUGGAUACACUGGGCGAGGAAUCAUACAAAGAUAGCACUUUGAUCAUGCAACUUCUUCGCGACAACCUCACCCUAUGGACUUCAGACAUGCAGGAUGAUGGAGAUGAGAUUAAAGAAGCAGCUCCAAAACGCGAUGAUGAAUAGUAGUGAGCUUAUUGAUUUGCACGUGCAGUAUUCAACUUCUCCUUUACAUGUUUUAUUCUGGAGAAGUGCUUGUUUGGAAAUUUGGCUUUUCUAUUAUUAUCUAGGUAUUUCUUAGCCUUUAUCAUCACCACACUCUGGAAAAAAAAAAACGCGCUCGUUUGCCUUUCCCCCGUCUUUUCUUUUUCUUCUUUUGACCAAUCAAUUCGAUGUCUCUGAAUUGGCUUGUUUUUCUCGAAUAUAAAUUCUAUAUAUUAUUAAGCAUCAUGUAACUGAUCUACCUUUCGUCUCUUACACGGUACGAUACAGAUCCUUCCCAAGUAAUUAUAUAAACUAUCUCUGCUGUCUGAUUCGAA